AUCAGGGAUGACGAGGGUGCUAGAGCUAGUGUUGCAGGUUGGCCAGUGACCUGAUGGCAGUUGGCAAGUACCUGGCCUCUGUAUGUAUGGCAGCUGGCUGUCAGGCUGGCAUAGCUCUGGGCUGACCACAGCUCAUGCUGGUGCUUGACUGGGGGGUGUCCAGAGAGAGCUGAGGGUGCUGCAGGUAAGGAACGAAUGGAGGGCUCUGUGAUUUAAAUUUGUAGGGAAUUAGGCUUUGCUCCAGAGUUUGGUGGUCAGCUGGCUGAUCUGUGUGAAUACUCACAGAACUGUGGAGAUUGGAAGGAACUUCUGGAGAUCAUCUAGUCCAACCCGCAGGCAUUCAGUUUGUAGUGUGCAAGGUCUGAUGGUGUCUCAUAAAAAUAAUCAGCUCAUGAGUCAUUAGCAGCCUACUUUCUGUUUCCUUGGGAAUGUUUUUUUUUCUUUUUUUUGGUAGCCCCUCCCUGAUGUGUCAGCAACUAUUUUGUCAUAGUAUUUAAACCCUCUUCUGUAAGCAUCUGUGCUUUCCAAUUCUCAGAUUUUUCUUUCCUUUUUUUUUUCUUUUCUGAAUUUGGGAAUUUUUGCUACUUGUUUUAGAUGUUUCUAAGUAGCAUAUGUUCACCUGCCUAACAGUGAUGGAGAAUUGUCAUAGAUGUGAUGAGACCCUGGCUCACUUCAUAGUCCUAUCUAAUGAAAGAGUAGAAUAACUCUCUAAGUGGGUUAUUCUUGAAAUUUAGGAAAGUCCUAGGCAGAGGUAAUAUUAACACAGAUAGUGUAGACAGUGUGGUAAGCAAUUUUACAGAGCUCUCUUCAGUGUUGUUCUUUAAGGCUGCUAGAAAUUUAAUAUAGAGUCCUCCUGGUAACAGCCAGUGUGCAGGCAUUGCCUGUCCUUCAUGGGUAGAUCUAGCUAAAAAUGAUCUUUUUUCACUCUGUGUCUCCCAGCUGCACAAUUCUUUUUAUGGUCCUUUAAUGACUUUCUGAUCUGUGUUAUCUUUGUUUUCUGUUUGUGUUUAGGCUAAAAUAUUUUCACAUCAGAAUUCAGUGAUCUGGUCUUGAUCUGCUCUUUCUUUCAUUCAGCUGUUAAUUAGCACUGCAGGCAUUCGAUUGCAUUAACAGACACUCAAGAUGCAUUCUUUGUUGGCUGUACAAAAUAAGCUACAGAAUCAUGUUACUCAACCCAUUACUGUCAUACACCUACUAACAGCAUCGGUGGAUUUGGCCAAACUUUCUUUUUUUCAGGCUAUUACUUGCAUGAAUUUACUUAAUUUUCUUAUUCUGGGAUGAGGAUUGUGCUUUUUAGCACCAAGCAACCUCACAUUCAUUACGUGCAGAACCAAGCUUGGUUUGCUUUGAUUUUUUUGUGUUUGUUUUGUUUCAGUGAGAAGCAGAUUGAGGGAUAUAGUGGGAGCAUCUACCAACUGGAGGCUACCUGCCUCCCUCUCUACUCUCUUGGAUAAGCCAGAGUUUACUAUAAUCCCAUAACUCUGAAGAGUUCUGAAUAAAUCAGUGUGGCAAUCAGGGGAAAAAUUGUUGCUGAUUGGGAUCAUGUGCAAGCAAUGCAAGAAAGAAAAGCUCUUCAUACUUUACUGGCAAAACGACAGGAAGAUCUCCCUCCUAGAAGAAUGAAAGAUAGCUACUUGGAAGUUUUUCUGCCUCUAGGAAGUCAACCUGAAAUACGAGAGAAGUAUCUGAAUGUGCACAACAGUGUAAGGUUUGGAAGAAUACUUGAAGAUCUGGACAGUUUAGGAGUUCUUAUUUGCUAUACUCACACCAAGCAGGAAAUGCAGCCGAGAUCUCCCUUAUCCAUAGUUACAGCCCUGGUAGAUAAAAUCAAUUUGUGCAAGAAAGUCAUAUAUCCAGACUGUGACAUCAAAUUCACGGGCAAUGUUUCUUGGGUUGGGAAGACCUCAAUGGAAGUGAAGAUGCACAUGUUGCAGCUACACGAUGGUGAUUACAGCCCUGUGUUAGAUGCAACCUUUGUCAUGGUGGCCAGGGAUCCAGAAAACAAACGGUCAGCCUUUGUUAAUCCGCUUGUUCCUGAGAGCCCUGAGGAAGAAGAAAUCUUCAAGCAAGGAGAAUUGAACAAGUUGAAGAGGAUUGAUUUCAGCACUGCUUCCUUACUGAAAAUGGCUCCCACUGCAGAAGAAAGAAAUGUCAUUCAUGACAUAUUCCUUAAUACACUGGACUCAAAGACAGUAAGUUUUCGGAGUCGUAUAUUGCCACCCAAUUCAGUGUGGAUGGAAGAUGCAAAGCUAAAGGGCCUACAGAUUUGCCAUCCUCAGGAGCGGAACAUCUUCAACAGGAUCUUUGGGGGCUUCCUAAUGAGAAAGGCAUUUGAAUUGGGAUGGGCAACUGCUUGCAGCUAUGGGUGUUCCAGACCUUUUAUUGUCUCUGUUGAUGAUAUCAUGUUUCAGAGGCCAGUUGAGGUUGGAUCCAUGUUACUGCUUUCUGGACAGGUCUGCUACACAGAGAAAAACUACAUCCAGGUUCGAGUCCACAGUGAGGUUUAUGAUGCAAAUACCAGAGAGCACCACACAACCAACAUCUUCCAUUUCACAUUUAUGUCAGAGAAUGAGGUCCCACGUGUUGUCCCCAAAACAUAUGGAGAGUCCAUGUUGUACUUAGAUGGGAAGCGACACUUUGCUGCAAUCAUGAAAGAAAUCUGAGAGGCACUGAAUGCUGUGUCAGCUGUGUAAGCAGCAUAAUGGCUUGGAAGGAACUUUGUGAGCCAUCUCUGGAGACAUGUGCUUGCAGUAUCAAAAGCAAGCAAAGCAACUCCCUGCUCCUUUUCAGUGCUAUUUAUAUAUUUGCACAUAACUGGAUUUUGUUUUAUUCUCUGCUCUUAGGAUUUGUUACAAUCUACUUUGGCACAUCAGUUCUGUUAGGAAAUAAGACUGAAAAACUUUAGAUAGAUGGCUUCUCUUGUCUGCUUUGAAAGAUCUCAUUACCCCCCCUGUUGUCUUGUCCCCAUCUGCCUUCUUUCCUUUGGUAGCUCCCCUUUGUGUUUUUCUGAGAGGGGAUGGAAGUUCUUUCAGAAAAAUAUCUGCCAUCAGUAGAUACACACAGCUGAAGCCAUUUGACUUGUAUUUGCAAGUAAAUUAGGUUUAAGGUAUUGUUUUUGAGGAAGGACACAGGCGUCUGGGCAGCAGCAGAAGCUCAGAAGUUCUAAGUGUGUGCACAUUGUCCAAGCAGGUGUUUUCAAUCAGUUGGGAUUUUACAAGACUGUUGCAGCUUCUGGUUUGGAUGGUUUCCUGUCCUCAUGGGAAGAGUUCUUCUGUGAUGAGGUGGCUGGAAGGUCUGUUCUGAUACUCUAGUUUUAUACAGCUGGUCCUGUCAGCCUCUUUGAAGAACUUUUUUUUUUCCUUUGCUGUAACUGCAUGCUAGUUCUUGGAUGAACGAUUUCUUACUGCCUGCACAGUUCUGAUUGGUGAGAUUGGGUAAGGCUGGGAAAUGGUGUUGUAGAGCAGAAUGUUUUGGAUUCUUAGGGCUUGGAGGUAGAGAAGUUCUUUAAAGGUUCUUUUCCACUUGCAUUUACUUGUUGGCUAUUGGUCUCGUGCUGGUAUUUAACCUUAGAUGGAAUUUGCCACCCAAUUUGGGCUGUAUUCCCCCCCUUCCCUUAAAAAUGGGAAUGGGUGUGUUUGAUUGAUGCAAGAAUUAUAUGUCCAGAGGAUCUGUGCUGAGCAGAUGGGAGAAAGUGAUGUGACAACACAGGUGGAUGAUACAAGUUGACAAACUAAAUCAGUGGGUUGUGAUUUUUAUUUCAGAGUAAGAAAGAUUUGAAGAUUCGUGUUUAGGAGCAGCUUUCCUUGAUCCUAGAAGGAUAGUGUAAAGUUAAUGGCUCUUAAAUAGCUUUUUCUGCAAUGAGAUGAUGUUACACAUCUGCCUUUUCUUUCUAAGAAUUUAUUGCCUGUAUUUAUAGGCUAGGCAGCUUUCCAUUGGUGGAACCAGGGCUAUUAUCUGACCAAAUGGGAUUACUGCACUGCAGAGAUAGCAAGCUCCUGGUUUCUGGCUCCUUAAAUUUCUCUCUUUGGUUGCUGAUUCAUAUAUCAGUUAUUUUCUUUAAUGGUUAAUGUCACUGUGGGUAUGUAUUACAUUUUCUGUUUUCCUUAUUUCUAAAACUCUUUGGAAACUGAAUAUACUUGACUGACUACACAAGUAGAGAACUGAAAUUCCAUCCCAGCUUCUUUCUUCCACACUGCCUAUGUCACUGCUGGGUAUUCAGAAAUAAGCAGGAAUGCAGGAAAUGGAGAGAGAUGUUUCAGAACCAGAUGCUUCUGACUAUCUGCAAGCUUUUAUCAUUGACCCAGGGGUCCUACAUUGGAGGGCACCAAAUUGUUCCUCUGUCCUUUCUGUUUUAUUUAAACAUGAAGUUAUCAUCAUUUCUAAAUUCAGCUUCUGAGAGGGGGGUGGGAGAGAAGAAAAGGAGAUGGCAGAGUCUGAAGCAAAGCAUGACGUCGCACCUCUGGGCACAGGAAAGAAAAGGAAUACAUGACUGAAGAUACUUAAAAGGAUGGGGGUGUAAUAGUUCAUGAUAACCAUUUACUGCAAUCAUAGUAGUUAUAAAGAUGUAUUUACAGCUAUGCAGAACUUGUGUGUUUAUAGAUACAUAUAUAAACCAUGUAGAAUGCAUCUUUUACUAUAUAGAAAUACAAUUUGUUCUCGCAUGUUUUUAGUCUGUGACAGUAACUCCACACUGUCACCUUUGAAAAUAGGUAAAUGAAUCUUGGUUCAAGGAACAUUAUUUGUGCAUGUUUCUGUGUACCUGUGCAUAUGAGAUGAAAAUUAUUUAUUUUUAGAUCUUGCAUUGACAAUAAAAACAUUUUACCAUAGUAAUUAAUGCUAAGUU